AUGCCAAGACCAAAGAAUAUUGAGAAAGAUGAAGAUUAUUUAAAGAAACAGAAACAACAAUCAAGAACCCAGGAGGCUGCAUUAACAAAUUCAUUUUUAGAUAUUUUAAUCUCAGACUUUCAUUUUGAAAUGAAAUAUUCUCGAACUAAAGGAGCAACUAAAACAGUUAAAAUGAUUGUUCCAAGUCACCUUAUUGAUGGAGAAACCAUUUAUUCCAAAGAAGAUAUUAUGAACAUGUCUCAUGAAAUUUGUCAAACUGAAAAAUUAGAUUCGACAGCUACAGUAAAACAACAAAAAAGAAAUGAUGAGGCUAAAUUUGCUAAUGGUGUUUUGGCAUUAUUAAAAAGACGUGGAUAUACUUUUUGUGAAAAAAAAACAAGACCAUGUCACAAAACUACAAGAUUAGUUAGAGUAUCAUCUUUAACAUUUGGAUCAAAAACAUACUCAGCAAAAGAAUUAAUUACAAAAGGAACUGAAUUUGGAUUUGCUGUUGCAUCAAUAAUGAAAAAUAAAGAAGAAAUUAUAAGUCAAACUAACUUAAAACAAAGUAAAGAAAGUUAUAGUGAUAUUAAACGUCAAUUAGAAAAAGAAAAAACAACUGUCCAAAGACAAAGUGAUACUAUUGAAGAUUUAAAUGAAAGUGAUAAAGACAUUAUGAUAAAAAACGUAGAGAUUAUUAAAAAAGAAAAAAAUGAACUUUAUACAAAAAAUGGUACUUUAGUUUGUGAGCAAUUUAAUGAAAUAUCUCCUAACGAUAUAAAAAAUUGGGCUGUUAAUCCACCACUUUAUUCUCCAAUUCAACAAGAAAAUAUAGAUAAUAAUACUGUUGAACUUCAUCAAAAUUUAGAAAUUGAACUAAAUGAUUCUACAGAAACUGAAGACAACCCACCAAACUUUACUUCAUACACACGCACUGAAUCUAAUCCAACUGCUUUUGCAAAUGGUCAUCCUAGUACAGAUGGAGCACAAAUUGGUUUUAUUAAUAGAUAA